UUGUUGGGAAAGCGGGCCGGCUAGAGGGGUCCGCGCAUGCGCAGGCUCCGCAGCCGCGGCUGAGCGCGGAGAAAAGGGGCGGGGUGGUCGGAGCUGCUGUGCUGGCAGCGGUAGGCGAGGGUGCGGCUGCGGGGUUCCUGGUGUUGAGCACCGACGCCAUUGGAGCCCCAGGGAAGAGACACUGCCCAAAACUGGGUCGUGCCCCUUGCCCCUGAGGCAGAGCUCUCAGCUCCCUGGGACCCACAGCAUGGCUGAGGGAAGCUACAGUGUGCAAUCUGGACCCUCCAGUGUGGAAGACAUGGAUGAGGGGAGCCACCAAGUCAGGGAGGAAGAGAUGGUUGGAGGCAACGCCUUUGAAGAGUUUGGUGCUUUUGGUGGCUAUGGCACCCUCACCACCUUCGACAUCCAUCUGCUCAGAGCUUUUGACACCUUGGGUUCCGGCUUUCGCAUCUUAUCGAAUGAGCCCUGGGAACUGGAAAACCCUGGGCUGGCCCAGACCCUGGUAGAGGCAUUGCAGCUGGAUCCAGAGACCCUCGCCAAUGAGACGGAGGCCCGUGCCGCCAAUAUGGCCCGCUCCGCGGCCUCCAACCGAGCUGCUCGGGCCGCUGCCACUGCUGCCCGUAGGUCCUUCACCCAGUUGGUGGUUAACCACCUGAUACCCACGCUGCCGGCCACGGGAGACGGUGCCCAGCCUAUGACCUACGCCGAAGCCCAGGGGCCCACCCCUGAGACGAUCCUGGCCUCGCCGCCGACAUCCGGGGUGUCAGUCGCCAGUGAGAUGGCCACCCGUGGGGCGCCAGCAGUCUGCACACAGUCCCAGACGGCCACCCCGGACCACCAGGCUACUGCCGAGGGUCCUAGUACUGCCUGUGCUGAGGGUCCUGGCACCACCUGUGCUUUCUCUCAGGCUCCAAGUGCCAGUGAGACGGAUGCCACCCGGCCCCGGGCAGCUUUCCUGGGCCAGAAUGAUGUGUUUGAUUUCACUCAGCCGGCAGGGGUCAGUGGCAUGGCCUUCAUGCGCCCCAAGAGACCUGCCCCAGCCCAAGAGCCUGCCACAGGGGCCUCCAGUGCUGCCUCUGGUGUGCCGCAGGCAGUGUCUGCCAAGGAAGCGGCAGCCACCCGACCCAAGGCCACCAAGUCUGGGAAGGCUGCGGCCAAGACUCGGUGGGUGGAGCCUCCGAAUGCUGUUGCCACAGCUGCUGCCAACACCAAGAUGGCCACAAGCAUCCCUGAGCCUGAGGGGCCAGCUGCCACUGCUCAGCACAGUGGUGAGCCCUGGGCCAGGAUGGGAGGCAAGAGGACGAAGAAGUCCAAACACCUGGAUGACGAAUAUGAGAGCAGCGAGGAGGAGAGAGAGCCUCCUGCAGUCCCGGCAACCUGGAGAGCAUUGCAGCAGCCCCCGGUGUCGGCCCAGGCCCAGGUGGCCCCUCGGCCCCCGAUGGCCCCGAGGUCCCAGAUACCGUCGAGGCACGUACUGUGCUUGCCCCCCCGCAACGUGACUCUGCUGCAAGAGAGGGCCAAUAAGCUGGUGAAAUACCUCAUGAUCAAGGACUACAAGAAGAUCCCCAUCAAGCGCUCAGACAUGGUGAAGGACGUCAUCCGAGAAUACGACGAACAUUUCCCGGAGAUCAUUGAACGAGCCACAUACACUCUGGAAAAGAAGUUUGGGAUCCACCUGAAGGAAAUCGACAAGGAGGAACACCUGUACAUUCUUGUCUGCACACGGGAUUCUUCUGCUCGCCUCCUCGGGAAGACCAAGGACACUCCCCGGCUGAGUCUACUGUUGGUGAUUCUGGGUGUCAUUUUCAUGAAUGGCAACCGUGCCAGCGAGGCUGUCCUCUGGGAUGCACUCCGCAAGAUGGGACUUCGGCCUGGGGUGAGGCACCCUUUCCUUGGUGAUCUGCGGAAGCUCAUCACAGAUGACUUUGUGAAGCAGAAGUACCUGGAAUACAAGAAGAUCCCCAGCAGCAACCCACCAGAGUAUGAGUUCCUGUGGGGCCUGCGAGCCUGUCAUGAGACCAGCAAGAUGAGGGUCCUGAGAUUCAUCGCCCAGAACCAGAACCGAGACCCCCGGGAGUGGAAGGCUCAUUUUCUGGAGGCUGUGGACGAUGCUUUUAGGACGAUGGACAUGGAUAUGGCCGAGGAGCAUGCCAGGGCCCAAAUGAGGGCCCAGAUGAACAUCGGAGACGAAGCUCUGAUUGGACGGUGGAGCUGGGACGACAUACAGGCCGAACUGCUGACCUGGGAUGAGGACGGGGAUUUUGGCGACGCCUGGGCCAGGAUCCCCUUUGCUUUCUGGGCCAGGUACCAUCAGUACAUCCUGAAUAGCAGCCGUGCCAACAGGAGAGCCACGUGGAGAGCUGGCGUCAGCAGUGGCCCCAACCCUGGGGCCAGCACCAGCAUCCUAGACGGCCCCAGCACCAGUUCCACCAUCCGCACCAGAAAUGCCGCUAGAGCUGGUGCCAGCUUCUUCUCCUGGAUCCAGUUACUGUGGGUUCUGAUGUGUACGCGUUCCCUCUCAUUCCCAUGUUGCAGACAGCGUUGAGGCGCUGCGGCGGUCGUCCUCACCCAGCCAGACAGCCCCCUCAGCGGCCCUCUCACCCAGCACUCUGGGCGCUUCCCCCUGUGGGUCACAGGGGCUGGGAAGAUGCAGCUUCCCUUGUUCUUCUUGCUUUCCUGGUGUGCUUUUUCUUCUGUGUUCACGGUUUUGCUAUCAGUGUUACAUUAAACUU